ACCUACUGUCUGGCUCUGGUUUUUUUUGUAAAUGGCUGGUUAAAUAUAUUUUACAUCUCGUUCGGUUGCGUUGAUAAAGAAAAAUAUUUAAACUCAAUUAAUUUCAAUCACGCGAGUGUAAGUUAACAAAAUUUUACAAAAACAUAAACCACAUUGUCAUGAUUGAACAAUAAACCAUUCAAUAAUUCAAAAACGAAAAAGAUUUAAACACACACCUCUCCUUUUACGUAUAUUAUGGAAAAAACAUGUGUUCAGUCUGCUGAUAUUGAGUCAACUGCUUGCCAUUCGAGGAUCAUCAAUUCACUGACGGCAGCAUCCCCAUCACCAUCAGUACCAUCACCAUUACCAGAAAAUAUAUUGGCGGAUAAAUCCAAAACAAUUGGGGCGCUCUCUUCUAACUCAAGAUCGCCGCAAAUGUCGUCCAAAGAUUUACAGCUUCAGCUGCAGACAAAACACAAUAACAAAUUAAGUGAUAAGAAAAUCUACAAAAGCUAUGAAAAUCUAACCGAAGAUGGUGAAGGUCGAGGUUGCAGCAUAUCUAUGUCGACUCCUGCCGCUGAGAAUAUGGCGCUGUUCAAAGACGAAGAUGAUAGCCGAUCGGGUUCAAGUGAUGAUAUAACCACACCCAUUGUUGAUUUGCAGCGCCACAACCGCAACAGCAAAAACGAUGACGAUAAAACCGUCGUCGCGCCACCAUCAUCUACGAAUGUAGUCCAAGUGAUACAAGAUCAUAAUCGGCGAUUAUGCCAAGAUACAACGAUGACAGCGAGCACUGGUGGAGUUGGAGUGGUGGGCAUUUACCUCGAGACGCCAGUUAUCGAUGAGCAAAUAGUUAGCGUUAACAGUCAUGAUUACGAAAAGGCCAAACCAAAAAGACUUAGCGAUGAGUUCCUCAUGUCUUCAGAGGAUUGCUGCGAUGACGAGCGGAACAACAGCACCAGCAGUACUAACAGCAGCAACGAUAGUAACCCUCUAGCAAUCCAUAGAAAUAUUAGCAUUAGUAAGACCGCAGAAUGUUUAAGUAGUAAUAAUAGCAGCAAUAUUAGUGGAAUUUUAAAAAAGGAAGGAAUACUCAAUGACUUGCUGAAAUCUGUCAUGAAUGCCGAUGGUAUCAUCGAUGAUGACGAUGAUGCGGGUAAUUCGAAAAGUGGCAGAAGUACAGUAGGAAUUGGAGUCGGAGGCGGAUUGUGCGAUUUCUAUGGUGAAUCUCAGUAUGAAGGUGGCAAUGUUGAUAAUAUGGAUGCGCAUCCAGCCGCAAGUGGAAGUAUGGCACUACGUUUCAAAAACAUCAGCAUUGACUACCAUCCAUUUGGUAAUAAAGUUAAGAAUGAAAUAAAUGAUGUUGGGGUGGGGGUUGAAGUUGGGAUUGGAGCAGAUGUCGCGGACAAUGAUGUGCAAUCAAUGGACGCCAUUGAACGUCGAGACUUUGAGGAUGAACAAAGACUCACCGGUGGAAUUAUUUUAAAAUCUAGUUCGUUAGCAAAGAAUGAUAGACUUAAAUUAGAAUUAGUUCAACUAAAUGCGCAAAAUGCUAAUAACCAGCAACAGCGAGUAGUUUCAUCAGAUAGUAAGUGCACCUACAAAGACCAUUCAACAACACCGACCAGUAGCAGGCAUUACAAAAGCAGAUUAACCAAAUCAACUGCCAAGAUAAAUCUUACCACUAGCCUAAAUCAUCCAGAAAGCACGGUUACAAAUGGAGAAGAAGAGAGUCAAGAACAGAAUCCAACUGAAAGCAAGGAUCAGUCAGAAAGCUGCAACAAUAGUUCAACGACAAAUGAUAAUUAUCACCAUAAAGUACAACACCAACAUGAUCCAGAAUCAUGCAACCCUGGUCCGGAAUCAGCUUCGUCAGCAGGCACCGAUUCGUCCUCAUCGCCGCUAAAUUUGCGAACAACACUCCAUGAUAAUCCCGCCAAGAAGCUUGUUGAGAUCUUAUCGAAUCCAAAUUCAAAUGAAAGCUUGUCCGAGCAUUCGUUCAAUACCUCAUCCAGUCAUUCCCUGUCGCGUGCAUCCAAACAGACACAACCAAUAGUAUGCCUUAGUUCUGAAGAAGAGAUCCUCAAGAAAGCUAUUGAAACAAUCAAUACGCUGCAGCAGAAGCUUGGUGGCGAGUGUAUAAAUGAAGAUGAUAUUGCAACCACAUCCUCCUCAGCACGUUGUCAGUACUCGGCCUUAAAAUAUCUACGCAAUUCUCUGAGAAAAGAUAACACGAGUAAUUUGCAAUGCGACGAUCUUGCAACGGUAUCUGUGUCUGGUUCUGGAAAUGCAGCAGUCGAGGAUAAAUUGGUACCUGCAGCUUCACCUCUUUUCGCCAUAAACAGCAACAGUCAUUCAAAUUUCCAACAAGAAGAAUCCAACCAGCAACUGAACCACGAAGGACGGCGAGUGACAGAGUUUCCGUAUCUUGAUCAUGCUUUGCCAUUGGAUAACGAAUUCGAUGAGGAAACUUGGGCCGAUUGCGAUGAGGGAUCCGACGACGAGGUGUGCACAUGCCAUAAGGAUAGUUUUUCCAAUCAGCGAGAAAAGCGCGAUACGUCUGACUUGCUUUCGGAGGAUGCCCUGUCGAAGGAUGUUGAGCUCUCGAGCUACAUACAGAUGGUUUCGAUUUCUGAGGACACUCUUUCGCAUGAGCAUAGCAUGUCCCCUGAAUUCACGGGCCUUCAACGAAAACGGAAAUUCAACGAAAGUCGUCUUCUAGAUGCUGAUCACUUUUUGAGCGACAGCGGACGGAAGCGUAUUGCAUAUGAUUAUUCUUCAACGCCUCGCAGCUCGCAAACACUCAUGCUGAUUCCGAGUCCCUCAACCCCAUUGGGACGACGUACUCCUAGGUCUUUGAUUCCCACAAGAGAUAAUCCCCCGCCAGAGCUUCAAGAUUGGCUAGUGCAAUUCCAGCGAUGGUCGCACGCUGAGCGGCUACUAGCCGUCGAUAGACUGAUUGAACAUUGCGAGCCGACACAAGUUCGUCAUAUGAUGAAAGUUAUCGAACCGCAAUUCCAGAGAGACUUCAUUUCUCUGCUGCCACGCGAACUAGCGCUGCAAGUUCUAGCCUAUUUAGAUCCAACGGAUCUGCUUAGAGCAGCGCAGACGUGUCGCAGCUGGAGAUUCCUGUGCGAUGAUAACCUUUUGUGGAAGGAAAAAUGUCGCAAAGCACAAAUACUGAUUGAGCCGAAGACAGAUCGCCCGAAACGUGGCCGCGCUGGCAACAUGCCUCCAAUUGCAUCGCCAUGGAAGGCGGCCUACAUGCGCCAACACAUCAUCGAAAUGAAUUGGCGUUCGCGUCCCAUUCGAGAACCCAAAGUUCUGAAAGGUCACGACGAUCACGUCAUAACUUGCUUGCAAUUCUCAGGAAAUCGAAUUGUCUCUGGAUCAGAUGAUAAUACACUUAAAGUUUGGUCUGCUGUCACCGGAAGGUGUCUGCGCACAUUGGUGGGUCACACCGGAGGAGUUUGGUCAUCCCAAAUGUCUGGCAAUAUAAUUAUUUCUGGCAGUACGGACAGAACGUUGAAGGUUUGGGAUAUGGAAACGGGAGAGUGUGUGCACACACUGUUGGGACACACCUCAACUGUGCGGUGUAUGCAUCUACAUGGCAAAAAAGUUGUAAGUGGCUCACGGGAUGCAACACUACGUGUUUGGGACAUUGAACGUGGCAAUUGUUUGCAUGUUCUAGUUGGACAUUUAGCCGCUGUUCGAUGUGUGCAAUAUGAUGGGAAACUUAUUGUUUCCGGUGCCUAUGAUUAUAUGGUGAAAAUUUGGCACCCAGAACGUCAGGAAUGUCUUCAUACGUUACAAGGUCAUACGAACCGCGUAUAUUCGUUACAAUUUGAUGGAAUUCAUGUUGUAUCUGGAUCUUUGGACACAUCGAUUCGCGUAUGGGAUGUAGAAACUGGCAAUUGUAAACAUACGCUUAUGGGACAUCAAAGUCUAACAUCCGGCAUGGAGUUGCGACAGAAUAUCCUUGUAUCGGGUAAUGCCGAUUCAACAGUCAAAGUCUGGGAUAUCACUAAUGGCCAAUGUUUGCAGACACUUUCAGGUCCAAAUAAACAUCAGUCGGCAGUGACUUGUCUUCAAUUCAAUUCAAGAUUUGUGAUCACAAGUUCAGAUGAUGGCACUGUAAAACUAUGGGAUGUCAAAACUGGUGAAUUCAUAAGAAAUCUCGUUGCAUUAGACUCUGGCGGAUCUGGUGGUGUUGUGUGGCGUAUACGAGCAAAUGAUACGAAAUUAAUUUGUGCAGUUGGCUCACGCAAUGGCACAGAGGAAACCAAGUUAAUGGUCUUAGAUUUUGAUGUUGAAGGUGCCUGCGUAAAAUGUUCAUAAGAGUGUUAAGUAAAAGUAAUGUCGCGCAUAUAAUCCAAUACCGCACAGCAGUUCUUUUGCAAAAAGAAUGUGUUUUUUUUUUAAAGUUCGCAAAAGGCAAACAGCAAAAAAGUAACAUAACAAACUAAAAUUAUUCAAGAACGUAACAAAUUGAGACUUAAUUAUUAUUGUAUACCUGUGUUGUAAAAAAAAUGAAAAGAAAACAAACCUUAAAUUAUGCAAACAAACACAAUAACAAAAACAAACAAACAAAAAUACGGUAGAACUGGUAUCUAAUGCUUUAUUAGGGCGGCGGUCGGCGGUAGUAGCAGCAGCAGCAACGUGAAAAUGUAAUGCGUAUUUUUUUAUUUUAUAUUUGUUACGUUCAUUUGUUGGUUCGUUGACAGCCUCCCAGUAGAACUCUAGUUACUAAAGUCCUUACUUGUUUUUAUAAUAUACAAAAAAAAAAAAAAACAAAAUCAAACAAACACAAAACCGUAUGUCUGUCUAGUGCUUAGAACCAUCUUUUUUUUAAUUUCGUAUUUAAUUAAAUUUUGUUUGUAGAAAAUUACACACAGAUCGCAUCAAAGCUUUAUAAUUAUUAUUAAUAUUACUUUAAAACAAAAAAAAACUCUUAAUUAAGUUUCACACUUAUUUGUAGGUUUCCUUUUUGUAAUUAACUUUUUUUUUGUUCUAUUAAAUUAUCUUUGUUUCUAUUAUAAUGUGUAUGUAUAUUUUUUUAAUUAAUCAUAAUUUUAUUGUAAUCGAAUUGAAUUUGUUACUUAAUAUCGUUUUUGAAAUGUGUUAGAGAAACAAAAUGUGAGUGUGGGUUAAAGAAGAGAAGCGACUUGUGAUGUAGUUUGUGUCCCUAAACAAAUAUGUAUUUUAAUUCAGGAUUUUCCGGAUUGAUUGGAUUGAAAAUUGUUUGUUUUGUUUUUGUCUGUAAAACAUAUAUACAAGUACUGCCACACUGAGUCUAUGAUAACUUCGAAUUAAAUAAACAAUACAAAGUGCAAAGAAUAAUUGGUUUUAAUAAGUUUUUCCGGGAAUUUAUUUACCUAUUUUAUUAAUUUAAAAACAUCAAAUAUUAAUUUUAGUUUGGUUAAAGUAAAUUUAUUACAAUUUAAUUAACUCAGAAAUAAAACUUUAGCUCAUGUUUGAUUAAGUUAGAGUAUGCGUGUUUUUAAACAAGGAUUUUGCGGAAAGCCUAUUAAAAGAAUGCUCUUAACAAUCGUUUGUUGUUUUUUGUCAUUUGAUGUUUAAAAUAAUCAAAAGAAAGGCUUCCAUUCAAUUACACAGUUUUUAAGCUUUAGUACUAUUCGUUUCAACACCGUUGUGGUGUUUCAGUUAUUUAAACAAUUUUAAACUUUACUUUAUUGUUUGUGAUGACUGUUGGCAAUAUUUACUAGCAAUUCGCUUUGUUUUUAGACACAGAAAAAUUAAAAAAAAAUAUAACUAAAGUUGCUAACCGUAUGGAACCGUUUUUCUUUAACAGGUUCACAACAUUCAGUUUAACUUAACCUAUUUUUUGUAGUCCUAUUCCUUUACUCAUGUUUAGUCUCUAUUAUCUUAAAUAGACGAAACGAAUUUUAAUUGUUUAUUUCUUAUUGAAAAGCUAAACAAAUUGCAACCUCUCGACUUUAUCAUAACCAAGUGGGUAACAAAAGAGUAUAACAGACAUAAAAUUGAAUUAAAAGAAAAUGAAAUCAAUGCUAUGCAAAUUUUAUUUGUCUUACAAAACUCUGAAUCAAGUACAAACAAUAAAACUUCUUUCUACUCAUAGUUUAUUAUAAUUUUGUGGUACAUACAUCGAAGAAAAGAACCCCUUACUUUUUUUUUUUUUUCCACGAAACAAACAAACAAAUGAAAAACGAUAUUAUUGUUUUCUUAGAUAAUUUUUUAAAGUUUUUUUUUCUAGAAUAAAAUUAUGAUUACAUAAAGAAUGGUCACUUAAACCCAAACUAUAUUAUUUCAUUUCUUUUUAAAUGGAAAAAUUGAAAUAUAUUUUCCUUAUAUAUUUAAUUUACACAAAUAAGAAAAAAAAGAAACAAUUGUUAUGUUAUUAAAUUUUAAUUGGUGGCGCUUCCUCCCUUCGUUCGUUUUCGUUAGAUGAUACUCUUUUUUCCAAACUUUACAAAAGAAAAAAAGAAAAAAAAUCUGUUAAUUUAUAUUUGUUAUAUUUAAUUUGUUGAUCAAAUAUUAAUAUAUUUCUUUUUAUUUAUUUGAUCAAAAUGCAGGUUUUUGUUUAUAUUUUGUGGUUUAAUUUUUUGGUUAAUUCGCCUAUAUUCUAUAUUUUGUUUCAUUAAAAAAACACAAAGUGUAUAGCAAAACAACAAAUAAACAAAACAUAAUACUGUUAAUCCGAGUCUUUUUUUAAUCUUUUCACUAGUAUUAGAAAGUAAUUAUAAUAAAACUACAAACAUAAAAAUACAACAAAAAAAAAAACCGCUGGUAAAAAUAUAAACAUAUAUAUUGUUAUUAAAAUAUAUAAAUGCAUAAGAAAGUAUAAACAUAAUAUGCCACAGAAUUGCCAUGGAAAAAAAUUAAAAGAAAAAAGAAAAACAUGAAAAAACAUAACUUAACAAAAUACAAAAAAAAGUAUACAUAUAAAAUAAAAGAUUCGCAUUAAUUUUUAGUAAUGUAAAAUAUAAAUAUGAUAAUUCUAAUAUUUAAUUAUAGACUGAUUUGAUAGUAACUAUUUUAAUUAUUAUCAGUUUUAGGUUAUUUCAUAACAUAAUUAUAUAAAAAAAAAACAAAAACAAAAUAACAAUACACCUUCAUAUUAUAAAAUUAAAUAA